GUAACACCGGAGCCGGCAGCUUGUUGAUUUCAGCGCUGGUGAAUUUCACAUUGUUUCCACUUCACUUUCCUUGCCCCCGGGGAGGCUCGAGUCCACUCCCGGACGCCGCCACCGAUCCCGGCAGGACUCGAGGAGGGCAGGGGCCCGCAGCGGCGCAGCGGGCGGGGGCGGGAGGACCGGGGGCCGGGGCCACACGCGCACCUCGCCGCAGUCGGGCUCCUCCCGCGAAGGAGCGCGGCCGCCCCGAGCGCAGCGCGGCGCGGGGCCCGUCCAGAAGCCAGCCCGCCCACGGGCCGGGCUGCCCAGCCGCGCCGGGAGGCCGGGGCGGGGUGGGGGGCGGGGGUGGGUGCCGCGGCCGCCGCGGAGCCGCCGCUCGGCGCGUUUUGCAUGAAGAUGGCGGCUCCCACCGCCAGCAAGGCAGCCUCCCUGGGCUGCAACAACAAGCCUGCCUUCCCGGAGCUGGAUUUCAGGUCUGGAGCUCGGGUGGAGGAACUGAACAAACUCAUCCAGGAAUUCACCAGGCACGACCAGCGGGAAUACGACGACCAGAGAGCGCUGGAGAUCCACACUGCCAAGGAUUUCAUCUUUUCCAUGCUGGUUCAUAUUUAGGAAUGGCCUGUACUGAAGGCAGACACGAGAUGCACACCUAAGUAGGACACGGACUCAUCAUGGCUCUGAAAAGAGAUUCAGGAAAGGCAAAAGUAUCUGUGGACUGGCCAGCAGAAUUAGGAAUGGUGCAAAAGCUAGAUCAAAAACUUCCCGUGGCCAACGAGUAUCUGUUGCUCUCCGGAGGAGUCCGGGAAGGUGUGGUGGACCUGGACCUAGAUGAGUUAAACGUCUAUGCCCGGGGCACUGACUACGAUAUGGACUUUACCCUUCUGGUGCCCGCCCUUAAGCUGCAUGACCGUAACCAGCCUGUGACGCUCGAUAUGCGCCACUCAGCCCUGUGCCACUCCUGGCUGAGCCUCAGGCUCUUUGAUGAGGGGACAAUCAGUAAAUGGAAAGGUUGCUGCACAAUCGCCGAUCACAUCAACGGUGCCACCAACUACUUCUUCUCCCCCACCAAAGUGGCUGACUGGUUCUAUGACUCCAUCAGCAUCGUCCUCUCGGAGAUACAGAAGAAACCCCAGAGAGGGAUGCCGAAGGUGGAGAAGGUAGAGAAGAACGGUACCAUCAUCUCCAUCAUUCUGGGCGUGGGGAGCAGCCGCAUGUUGUACGACAUCGUCCCCGUGGUGUCCUUCAAAGGCUGGCCCGCGGUGGCUCAGAGCUGGCUCAUGGAGAACCACUUUUGGGAUGGGAAGAUCACCGAAGAAGAGGUCAUCAGUGGCUUCUACCUGGUGCCAGCUUGCUCCUACAAAGGCAAGAAGGACAAUGAGUGGCGACUGUCCUUCGCCAGGAGCGAGGUACAACUGAAGAAGUGCAUUUCAGGCAGUCUAAUGCAGGCCUACCAAGCCUGCAAAGCCAUCAUCAUCAAACUCCUGUCGAGGCCCAAGGCCAUCAGCCCUUAUCACCUGCGGAGCAUGAUGCUCUGGGCCUGUGAUCGACUCCCUGCCAGCUACUUGGCUCAAGAAGACUAUGCAGCCCACUUUUUGCUGGGCCUCAUUGACGACCUGCAGCACUGCCUGGUCAACAAGAUGUGCCCUAAUUAUUUCAUCCCUCAGUGCAACAUGCUGGAGCAUCUGUCAGAGGAGACAGUCAUGCUCCACGCCCGGAAGCUCUCCUCGGUUCGCUCCGAUCCCGCAGAGCACCUGCGCACCGCCAUUGAGCACGUGAAGGCAGCCAAUCGGCUGACGCUGAAGCUCCAGCGUCGGGGCAGCACCACCAGCAUCCCCUCCCCACAGUCGGAUGGCGGGGACCCCAAUCAGCCUGAUGACCGUCUGGCAAAAAAACUGCAGCAGCUAGUGACUGAGAAUCCAGGGAAGUCCAUCUCGGUCUUUAUUAACCCCGAUGACGUCACGAGGCCCCAUUUCAGAAUCGAUGAUAAAUUUUUCUGAGUGUUUUGUUGACUUUUUUCCCCCUAUCUUUCUUGGUUCUAAAAUUUACGUACCGUGUAGUGUGAUUUGUGACUGUCGUUCUGUUUUUUACAUAUCCAGCUAACAUUGGACUUGGUAAGAACACAGGUUCUGCAGGAUGGUGCGGGCUCUGAAACAGUAUUAUUACUAUUUCAUAUUCUGCCUGAUUUUGCUGUUUGUUUUCUAGUUAUUGUGGAUUUUUAUUUUUCUUGGUUUUCAUUGUUUUAAAGGAGAACUUGAGCCAUAGACGACACUGCCCACGAAUCCUCUUGCUUGCUUUCUGUCCCACACCCAGUGUAGAUUUGUUGGUGGGUUUGGGGGAACACAUCUCCUCCUGGCAUAUUUGAACACAUUCUCUUCCUCUUCGGCUGAUGUUCUGUCUUUGACCUCGUUCUUCUCCCGAGUUUUCACUGAGAGUCCUAAGAACCUGCGGCCCUGUGCAUGCUGGCUGCGUUUAUUUCUUUGCACCAGCAGUCAGAACAGUUUCCCCUUUCUACGAGACAUGGAAACUUCAAGAGAGAGAGAGAGAGUGAUGUCUAUUGUGUUUCUGAGCAACCUCAUUGAAUGUAAUUGUUCUCGAAUCAGCAAACAUUGGAUGGUUUGGAGGGAGGGUUUGAUAGCUUUCCAAACAGAAUUAAGGUUUCCAAAUGUUAGUUUUAGUGUUUGUAAUUAUUUGAAGCCUUAUUUAAAUCCUAUUAAGGAGCACACCAUUCUAAUUGUUAUUUGCACUAAUGAAGUCUUUGCCAUUGUCAUAAGCUUCGAUGUGUGUUUUAGCGUCCAUUGACAUCUCUCUGGAAAAGGCUGUUGUCGCCUCUCGUUUAGUCCAGUUCUCCCGGUCAGUAGGAUGAGUCUCUACAUUUUGUCUAGUUCUCCUUUCAUUGUGGGUCCCGUUUUGCCCUCUUUGAUAGCUCUGGUUUCUGCCUUACUGAGGGGAGUUCUUAAAGCUUUAUACCUAUUCACUGACCAUCUGAAGCUGGGGGAGAUAGGAGAUAAUACUUGAUCAAGUGGGUGUCUUUGUAUUUAUUUCUUUGAGGGAGGGGUUCUAGAGAUCUUCUCUUCCCCCUUUUCUUUUAUAAAGUCCCUUUACGUCUCCUGAGAUCUUGAGGGAAACUGACAGGCAGAAUUGUUCCCAGAUUGAAGAUAACCAUGCCUGUUCAAAGCAGGUGUCACUGUAGAGCAGGAACCAGGAAAUACCUAGGUAGCUCUGUUGGAAGAAGGGAGUCCUAUUAUCUGACAGGAACUAUUUGCCAGAUUUGGGUGCUUCAGGGUGUGUUGGCCCCUGUUUGGGUGUGAACUCAAGGCAAACCGUGGUGCUUGAGUCGUGGACGGCCCUGCUGACAUAGAUGACACCGAUGAUGUCUGCUGAUGGAAGAGUCAAGCAAGCAACAGUGGCUGUUUUGGUCUUGAGUGUCCAGACUCAUAUAGGUUGGAUUUUGGCCAGUUGGAAUCAGGCUCUUGGAGUUUUGCAUGGGAAUUAAUGUAAUGCUUAUAAAUCACUCAACAAUCUCAAGUCAAACACAAAAAUAAAAGAGAAACAUACUGGCCUUGGAA